AUGGUUAAGGGUCGAAAUGGGAAAAAUCUACUUAUGCUAAACGGUUACACAUAUUACCAGCAUAAAAAUCUACGCGACGGUUUCCGUUGGAGCUGUACACAAAUGUCGUCCAGGUCUUGCAGAGGAUUCCUUCACGUAACACGUGAAAUGUUGGUAGUAAGGGCUCAGACAGAGCACACGCAUCCACCUUCCACGUAUUUUUUGGAGAAUAUCAAAACGAAAUAUAAUAAUGUACUCGAGUUUUACCUACGGCCAAAUGGAAGGAUCAAUCUCCGUUUAAACGACUUCACUUUUUACAAGCAUUUGAAGGCGAGAACCAACGCACAUCGCUGGAGCUGCACAGCGUACGGAUCCAAAUGGAAAUGCAAGGCCCAUCUCAUUAUCACGGACAAACUCGAAGUUCUAAAAGCUAAUCUCGCUCACAGUCAUCCUCCAAGUGCUAAAAAAGAUUCCCACAAACAUCUGUAUCAAACGAUAAAUGGCUUAGGAACAAAUAAAGAGAAUAAUAGCGCGCCUGUCCCUAAUAAUAAUACGAACGAUCUUCAUCCUGUUGCAUCUCUACACGACUAUUUUAUAGCACAUAGCGUCUUUAAUAACUAUUAG